ACCUCCUCCUCCUCCAUCCGUUUCCCCGAACUCAGCAUGGCGGUCAAGGUUCAGACAACCAAAAGAGCAGAUCCAAAUGAGCUACGCAACAUAUUUUUGCAGUAUGCCACCGUCCAACAAGAUGGAGAACAUUACAUGACACCAGGAGAUUUUGUGCAGCGAUACCUAGGACUGUAUACAGAACCUCAUUAUAAUCCUAAAACGGUGCAACUGUUGGCAGGAGUGGCAGAUCAGACAAAGGAUGGGUUGAUCUCCUAUCAAGAGUUUUUGGCAUUCGAGUCAGUUUUAUGUACACCAGAUGCAAUGUUCAUUGUUGCUUUUCAAUUGUUUGACAAGAGUGGCAACGGUGAAGUGACCUUUGAAAAUGUAAAAGAAAUAUUUGGGCAGACCAUUAUUCACCAUCAUAUCCCUUUUAAUUGGGAUUGUGAAUUUAUUCGAUUGCAUUUUGGACAUAAUAGAAAGAAACAUCUGACAUAUUCGGAAUUCACUCAGUUUUUGCAGGAGCUACAGUCAGAACAUGCAAGGCAAGCAUUUGCACUGAAAGACAAAAACAAAACAGGCAUGAUUACCGGCCUGGAUUUCAGUGAUAUCAUGGCCACUAUUCGUUCGCACAUGCUCACUCCUUUUGUGGAGGAAAACCUAGUCUCAGCUGCAGGUGGAAGUAUUUCACACCAAGUCAGCUUUUCCUAUUUCAAUGCUUUUAAUGCCUUGCUGAACAACAUGGAGCUUGUUCGAAAGAUAUACAGCCUCAUCGCCGGUGCUAGAAAAGAUGUUGAAGUUACAAAAGAGGAGUUCUCUCAGUCUGCGAUCAAAUUUGGACAAAUUACACCUUUGGAAAUUGAUAUUCUCUACCAACUGUCUGACUUGUAUAAUGCUACAGGACGCUUAACAUUGACAGACAUUGAAAGAAUAGCACCCUUGGCGGAAGGAGCAUUGCCUUACAACCUGGCAGAACUUCAGAGGCAGCAAUCUUAUGGCAAUCUGGGCAGACCUAUCUGGCUCCAGAUAGCUGAGUCGGCUUACAGGUUCAGUCUGGGCUCAAUUGCUGGAGCUGUUGGAGCCACCGCUGUGUACCCUAUUGAUCUAGUGAAGACUCGCAUGCAGAACCAACGCACUUCUGGCUCCGUUGUGGGAGAGCUGAUGUAUAAAAACAGCUUUGAUUGUUUUAAGAAAGUCUUGCGUUAUGAAGGCUUUUUUGGCCUUUACAGAGGGUUACUUCCACAACUCAUUGGUGUUGCUCCAGAAAAAGCCAUAAAGCUUACAGUCAAUGACUUUGUCAGAGACAAAUUCACGCAGAGAGAUGGUUCCAUUCAGCUGUUUGCAGAGAUCCUUGCGGGAGGCUGUGCAGGAGGUUCCCAGGUCAUCUUCACGAAUCCCCUGGAGAUCGUCAAGAUCCGCUUGCAGGUGGCAGGAGAAAUCACCACUGGGCCCAGAGUUAGUGCCCUCACCGUUCUAAAGGACCUGGGGAUUUUCGGUCUUUAUAAGGGUGCCAAAGCAUGUUUCCUCCGAGACAUUCCCUUUUCUGCCAUCUAUUUUCCUGUCUACGCUCACUGCAAACUGAUGCUUGCUGAUGAAAAUGGCCAUGUGGGAGGGUUUAAUCUCCUUACAGCUGGUGCUAUUGCAGGUGUGCCUGCUGCUUCUUUGGUGACCCCUGCUGAUGUCAUCAAGACGAGACUGCAAGUGGCUGCUCGUGCUGGUCAAACAACAUACAAUGGAGUUAUUGACUGCUUUGGAAAGAUACUUAGAGAAGAAGGACCUGCUGCUUUCUGGAAAGGAGCUGCAGCACGAGUGUUCAGAUCUUCACCCCAGUUUGGAGUUACUCUAGUGACCUAUGAACUUCUGCAGCGUUGGCUCUAUGUUGAUUUUGGAGGCAUCAAACCCUCUGGCUCAGAACCUACACCCAAGUCUCGAAUCUCCGGCCUUCCUCCUGUUAAUCCCGACCACAUAGGUGGAUAUCGACUUGCCACAGCUACGUUUGCUGGGAUAGAGAACAAGUUUGGCCUCUCUCUUCCAAAGUUUCGAUCAGCAGGUGUUGCUUCAGCUCAGCCCAAAGCAGCAGCUGAAUCCUGAGCUCACCUUUCAAGCCAAACAAAAAUGGUGCAAUGGACAGAGACCUGCGAAUAGUACUCUGCUCCUCCGGUCAGCUGCAUGAUACUCUAGCUGAACGCAGAAUUGACAGUGAAUCAGCCCUUUCUAUACAAAACACAGCUAAUCAUUUGCACACAGGAGACUGAUUCAAGCUUUAAGUUCUAUGCAUAGACCUUUCUUCCCAUCCCAAAGGCAUGAAAUAGUAACCAGGGCUUGGCUUUGCACUGCUUGCACUCCAUGUUACUGUACAUAUUGUACAUCUUUGUACAGAGACAUCACUAUGGCAUUGAAAUGCAACUGCAUUUGUAGAAACAGGCAUUGCAGUUCUAAAUAGUUUGAAAUGUACAGAAUGUUUUGAAAGUGUUUUAUUAAAAAUCAUGUGACAAUAAAAUUUAUUUAAAAUCAAA